ACAAACACCAGUGUCCUGAAAACAUGCAACACGUUUGGUGAGAGGCUUGGCUUGUUCAGGGGUUUCCUAGAACCGAAUUCAAACCACCCAGUCCGGACAGUGAAGGAGGAGCUUGCUGCAGGGCUCAGCCAAGCCUUUCCAGUACAGGACACUGACUCCUGCCUUCCCCUGCUCCACCAAGGCCACCUCGAGGGGGUUUGUCCCUCCAGUAUCUUUUGGAUCACUCUGAGCCCAGAGGAGACUCCAAGCCCUGAGGAAAUGUCUCCUGGACCUGCAAAUGGACCUGUUCUAUUUUCCUGUGCUGAUUUUUGCCAGGGCACAGAGAAGAACGUACCAGAAGGACGUCACAGCCCAAAGCAGUUUUAUCUCAGACCGUCCCUGCUGCCUCAUGCUCAGGCAAUAAUGCAGGAAGGAGCCUUUCUCCCAGGGACACUCCGUGUUCUUUCUGGGCCAGUUUUCAGGAAGUGUCGUGUCACUCCUCACUCCAUGCCUGUUUUUCACGAGGUGCUCAUUGUGUUUGCAGUGAGCAGGGGUACAGAGAGCAGCUGUGUCCAGAUGUUGGUGAAUAACAUCACAUCCACCAUACAUUCCCUUCAGCAGACGGGCACUAAACCAAAUAUCAACCUGCAGGAAGCAACGAGCUCUGAAACAACUGAGCUAAGUGACUUUGCUGCUUUUGAGUCUCAGCUUGGUAAAAUCCAGUACUUCAUGUGCAUGGAGACAGAUCCCCCAGGCUCCUGUGAGAAGGGCUCCUGCCUGGGGGUUAUAAGGACAUCUCAGGAGCUAGUAAGCAGUGAGCUGGUGGUUGUCUUUGCCUCGCUGAACCUUGACCUCCUGGCCAUGCUGCUCUGUGGAAUAUCUGACUGGAGAAUGCUCUGGACACCGGACACACGGUUCCUCAGGCAGUUUCCUAGAGGAGAGCUGAGGCUUUUCAAGAGUUUUUCCCUCUAUCCCCCUUCCUACGUGCACGACGUCAGCUUUUGGGUUCCCGAGGGGGAGCACUUCGACGAAGUUGCUUUUCACACCCUUGCCAGGGGGGUGUCAGGUGAAACGGUGGUUUCCAUCCAGUUAAGGGACACUUUCCAGCAGGCAGGGACGGGGCGGAGGAGCCUCUGCUACAGGCUGACCUUCCAGUCCUGCGACAGGGCCCUGAGCUGCCGCGGGGCCGCGGAGCUGCAGCUGCGCCUCCGGGAGCAAAUCCAGCAGCAGCUGGGUGUGACCCUGAGGUAGAACAGUCCACCCUGGGCUCAGGUGCUCGAGCAGCUCCUGUGCAGGUUUCUGCUCUGGCCAGUGUCACCUGACACGGUGUGUUACUGCAGCGCCUCUCACAAAGGCGGGGUGGACUCUGAGUACCUGCACGUGUUGUAAAUGUGGAAAUUCCUGUUCGGGAGGACCAAGCACCUCCCUGUUCUCCGUGUGUGUAAUGAAACCUCGUUUUAUAAAGUGGAGCCUUUCUUUCCUAGG